AUGGAGAAAACAGUUGCAGAGCCGGUCUUCGCUGAUAUGAAGGACAACGACAGCGAGCGAGUUGAGGAGCACGGAGACAUACUUACAGGCGAACUCAGGCUCAACCAUGGAGGUCGAGGUGCUACUCACCGAGGCCUACGCAACUACCAGGUCAACAUGAUUGGCUUCUGCGGUGGUAUAGGCGUCGGUCUCUUUGUCGGCACUGGAGCAGCUUAUGCGAAAGCCGGGCCGGCAGGUCUCUUCCUCGCAUACGCUAUCGUUGGUUCGGUACUGUGGUGCACAAUUCAGAGUAUUGCAGAAAUCGCAGCACUGUUCCCGGUGGCUGGAAGCUUUCCUCAUUGGGCUACAAGAUUCAUCGACCCAGCCGUUGGUUUCUCUCUUGCACUGUCCUACGGCUAUUGUCGAAUGAUUUCAAUUGCCUCCGAGGUCUCAGCAGCGGCUAUUGUUGUCUCGUACUGGACCGACAUCACCCCUGCCGUGGUCAUCUCUGUCGGACUGGCUCUAAUUCUUGCAGUCAAUCUGAUGCCCGUCCGCUGGUACGGUGAGACCGAAGUCUUCGGUGGUGCCGUCAAGGUCACUUGUUUUAUUGGACUCAUCUUCACCGCGAUCGUUAUUACUGCCGGCGGCACCGGGAAACCUGCAAUUGGAUUUCGAUACUGGAAUAACCCUGGCCCAUGGACCGACUAUGCUGGUAUUACUGGACCUACUGGUCACUUCCUCGGCUUCUUGUCUGCCUUUGUUAAUGCAGCAUUCAGCUUCAUCGGUGUCGAAACCUUCAUCGUCGCCUCCGCUGAGUCUGUCAACCCUCACAGAGCCAUCCCGAGAUCUGCUCGCAACGUCAGCAUCCGCAUUGCCUUCUUCUAUAUUACUGGGGCUUUCCUAAUCGGUCUCAUUGUCGACCCAAGGAACCCCGCUCUUAUCUCGGGCAGUGGCAAUGCCAACAGUUCUCCAUGGGUCAUCGCCAUCAAAGAGGCUGGCAUUACUGCUUUGCCGUCCAUCGUCAAUGCCUGUAUUCUGAUCUCUGCUUGGUCUGCUGGCAACUCAUAUUGUUGGGUCGGGAGUCGAAUGCUCGUGGCUAUGACUACCGAUCGACAGCUUCCUCAGAUUUUCGGCCGAGUGAACGCUAGGGGAGUGCCCUAUUUAGCUGUGGUUGUUGCAUGGCUAUUUGGACCUCUUGCUUAUCUCAGUCUUGGUAGUGGUGGCGCAUCUGUGGCGUUUGGAUGGUUCCAGAACCUUUCCACUCUUGCUGGUCUCAUUACCUGGGCAGUGAUGUGUUUCACCUACAUCCGCUUUUACGCCGCGGUCAAGGCUCAAGGCCUUGAUAGGUCAACCUUCCCAAUGAAGUCCAUGUUCCAGCCCUUCCUCGCAUGGUGGGGAUUCAUCGGUGCUUCGGUUAUUGCACUCAUCACCGGAUUCCCAGUAUUCCUGAAAGGCCAUUGGAAUACCUCAGACUUCAUUGCAUCGUACAUUGGCAUUCCGAUAUUCUUCGUGCCUCUGUUUGCCUGGAAGUUCAGCAACAAAACAAAGGUCGGUACCGUUGAAACACCUUAUGUGGCAUGCGCUGAUAAAGUAUAG